AUGGAGAGAGUUCUAAGGCAGUUAGAAGCAAUUGGCGAAAACGUAGAGCAACCUACCAUCGAAACGAUAAUAGAAUCCAAAUUGCCAAACUGGAUAUUAAACCAGGUUUAUCAACAAAAAGAAGAAGAUGGCCAGUGCAAAACAAGAGGAACGGCUUCAGCCGAAAGAAACCAGCUAAAUCAAGAGAAUCCAAUUGGUCGACAAAAAAGAAAAGGAGACCCUGUAUCUUCUGCAAUAACAAUCACUGGGAUAGCAAGUGUCACAUAUAUUCUACAGUGGAGCAGCGAAUUGAUCGAUUGA